CCCAAAAAAACAAACAAACAAAAAAAACAAAAACAAAAAGCAUUCAGAAAGACAAAGUAGUGGGCCGAAAGAGUUAAACUAAAUAUAACUCUACUUGAAAAGUAAUUUCCAGAAAUGUAACUAAACAAAGUAGAUGCAACUUCACUCAAACACUGACCUAAAUACAAAGAGACAGCAGGGUAACCUUUAUAGUGGUUUGCCCACACAAUGAACAAAACAAAACAAAAACAAACUCCAAUACAGAACAAGCACAAAAAAACACAACUAAACCUAAAAAAGAAGAAAAAUAAAAACACUUGAUGACAAGCACUUGAUUGGUGCUGCUGAGCAGGCAUUGUGGUUUCAAAGUCAUCAGCACUUGGCCACGCCUUUUGCUCAGACAGGAAGCAGCCACCUCCCCAAACCAGGUAACAAAGAAAGAGAAACAUAAACCACACAAUGCUAUUAUGGUUGCCCUUCAUAAUGUCACUGUUAGAUUUAAGUACAGACAUUACUGAAUUAUAUUACUGAAAUAACUGCAAACCACACUAAUGGUCAUCACAUAUGUUAAUUAUAGUACAGUGUUCCAAAGUUUCUUAGUAACUUUUAAUUACCAGGAAACUUAAAGUUGCUAAGGUGGGUCAGCAGGAAAUCUCCAGUUUACUUUUUAAAGCAGCAGGCAAACUUAUAGACCUGGAGAUGUUAGUGCUACUAUAUCACUGUGUGCUAAGUACAUGUUGUGGAGACAGGCAGAAAUAUGCUGCUCUGUUUCAAAUGCCCAAUAAGAGGCCAUCCACCCAUCCAUCCAUCUAGUCUCUUCUGCUUAUUCUUUUCAGAAUCUCCAUUAGUGGGGAUAGUAAUGCAGUAAUGUUACUUAAUUACUCACUGGAGAAACUAAUUUGUUCCACUAUUUGUAAGAUAGGUGUUACUCUGUCAUGUGACCUGAAACGCAUUUUCAUAUAAUUACCAAUUAAAAUAAAGAUGGGGCUACAGUCCCACACAAUAACACAAAUCCCAAUCCUUAAAUUAUAAAAAAGUGACCCACAAAGCAAAGGAUUAACACGGUUUGCCUUCAAGGUAAAUGUUGUGCCUCAGCGCUACACCCAAUCUGUUAAAGUAAGUCCAACUUGUAGGAAACUCUAUUUUCUCCUCCUGUCAUGUUUCAUGUUCGUUACAGAGAAACGGUGUUUGUCCACAAAUCCAUUACGUACGUUCAAAUACAGCUGCAGCAGUAUGCUAGCAACCAAAAUAAUUACUGGGAGAAUUUUGUAAUCCUGUAGGAAAAUUGUUACUAGGGAAUUUUUCCCUAGCAACAGGUGAUUGCCACGGGGUCGCUGAACAGCCAGUGUGGCUCCCACUGUAGCAGCCAUUUCCCCCGUUACUGCCAUCAACCUGCAGGAGCUCCUCACAACUUAUGGGGAUUUUUGCCUCAUGAUCCGUGGUUAGCUGGUCGUUAGUGGCCCACUGUGUAACUUGGGUCUUAGCGCUUGUACUGUUUAUUGGGUCGUACCUGAGUCAUGUGACUUAAAAUGACGUAAGUCACAUGACUUCAUCACCUGGAGAACCCACCUUUCCGUGUUAGCUUGGAAGCUAAAUACGGAAAUGGCUCCUCGAACAUUUGCUCCGCUUUGCUCCGUUUCACUGUUGGUCGGCGUCUUCAUGUUUGUCUCAGCAGAUCAGAAAAUCAUUCCAGCUGAGUCUGGACAGAAAAACGUCACUCUGCCAUGUCGAGCUCCAAAUAACAACAUUAUCAUAGUUAUAGAGUGGAGCAGAGCUGACCUGGGAGAGAAAUAUGUGCUCCUGUUCCGGGAUAAGCAGCUUAACCCAGAUCAACAGCAUCCAUCAUUUAAGAACCGGGUGGAUCUGCGGGACAGACAGAUGAAGGAUGGAGACGCGUCUUUGAUUCUGAAGGAUGUGACGACUAAUGAUACUGGAACAUAUGAGUGUCGUGUCGUCCAGGGAGGAGCAAAGCGCAGGAAGAGAGCAAUUUUAGAUGACAAGCCUGUCAGCAUCAUCUACCUCAGAGUUGAUCCUCCAGGUCAGACAGGAGGACAUGGUGAGCCUGGAUACAGCAGAGGACAUUUUGGAGUGAUAGCAGCGUCAGGUUUUGUUUUAGUUCUUUUUGUUGCUGUUGUUUUGUUGAUCAACAAACGAUAUAAACAACAGAUUCAGGAAUCACACUGUCCUCACUCUGAACCACAGAUUCAAAUGUCUAAGAACUCUAAACAGCUGAAUUCUGUAUCUCGUGCUGAUGAACACAGAGACAAAAAUGAUCUGAAAACGGACAACGGUCUCCAACACUCCACAAGGAGUGAUGUCACUCUGACAGCUGAGGAUGAACUGCUUCACCAUCCUCAGCAAACAGCAGGACAGCGUCCAUAGAUAGGAGACACAGAGGAUGGAUCUGUUGGACUGAUUAUUGGUCUGACUGUUUCUGCUGUGCUUCUUGUUGAUGUUGUUGGUUUUUUGAUCUACAGAAAACAUAAACAACUUCAUACCAGGCUCCUGUUGAACUUCAGCUUGUUUGAAAUGUCAGCUUAACUGUGAUUCUGGCGUUGUUGUUUUCAGUCUUCCAGGAUAAGCAGCUUAACCCAGAUCAACAGCAUUAGUCUUGUCACAGAAAAUGUGGAAAGACAGAAAUCAAUAACACUAAAUAUCUAUCAGGUACAUGUCAGACACAUCCAGAUUUUAGGUUGAAUUUGCAUUUUAUAUCUAAUCAGUUAAUAUCUGUCUGAUAGCAUUCAGGAUCAAUUCAUCACAAGUUACUUGUUUGACUCGUUUUUAAGUUUAAGUUCAUUAAAAUGAAACCAAAACAUUUCGUUGUAGCUGCAGAGUCCGACAUUUUCUCCCUUUGACCUGGAAUGAUUCAGGCAGUGGGAAGCAUACGCUUUAUUGAACUUUACCUUCCAUGAAGGCGACUCUUCAGUCUGUUACUGUCUAAUUGUUACUUCAUAUUAAAUAUUCCAGGAGGUUUUCACAUAUUGGUCCUUCGUUUCUUUUGUUUUUUUUUAAUGCUAAUGGGUGUGGGUUGUUUGUUGUCUGUUUGUUUUUUAUCAAACUGUGACUGUAAAUAAUUUUAAUCAGAAGCUCUCUGACUACCUGAACAUUGAUGGAAAUUUUAUUGCACCUUGAAUCAAUCAAAAAUAAAUAUAAACGUGUGUAAACUAUGCUUGUUUCCACUUCAUAAUUACAGUCAGUUGUGCAUGUAUCUGUGAUACUAUUGACUCAAUAUAACAUGCCCCUUUUUAGUGA